CGGCUCAGUCAGCAGUGCUGACCGGAGCUGCCAGAAUCCCUUUUCAACCAGGCACUCCGGUUGAAAACUGGAUGCCUGGCAACCCUAGGAUUAAAACAUCAAAGAUACAUGAAAGUGUUUAAGACCACCUAAAUGACAGUAAAUUACACAAUAGGAAAAUUGGUAAAAUUAAAGGGAAGAUUCCAUGUUUCUGAAAAUUAAUUUUAUAACAUUGAUUAUACAAUUUAGUAUAUAUAAUAAAAAUGGAGACUGGAUUCAAAAUCUACAACUGCUGAGUGAUUGUAUGUUCUAAUUAACAAAGGAUAGAAAAUGUUUAAGCAUCAAAAGAAAGUAUUUGGAAAGAGUGUCAAGUAAGAUUUCUUACGAAUAGCCUUCUAAAGUAUGCAACUUUCCCUUCCCUCUCAGGUCGCAAGAUUGCAUACCAGGUCAGAUUAACACAGAUUGACAGCUUUAAAACUGAUUCAAUGAAGUCAAGAAGAUCUAAACCUGAUAUUAUCAUAAUUCCAAAGGAAUCAGAGGAGGAAUUACUGACAUCACAUAUGCACCAGAGCAAUGAAGAAGUUAAUGAAAUGAUGUCAAAGAUUCUGAGAGAUUUGGAACCAACAGAAGUAAUACCUAGGAAACAGUUACCUUUGAAGAAUCUUCAGGAGAUCAUUGCUCAGAAAAAGCAAAAUAUUUAUGUAGAUGGUGAUGUUUCACAGAAGAUUAGGUGGGCUUCUGAAAAAAGGAGAAUAAUACUUUUGGAAAAAAGGAGAAAAAGAUUUAUUUUCGCAAAAUCAAUACUAAGGGCCACAAGAAAUGACAGCUGGAUUUCCAGAAAAUACAAUAAAACACAAAUAUGUAUGAUAAAAAACAAACAGACCAGUAAAGGCAAAAUGCAGGAACAAGUUAGGAAUAUAAAGUUUAGAAAUCAGAAACAAACUCCUAAAUGUGUCAGCAGAUUAUAUCCCAGUGCUGGAAAAGCCAAAAAACAACAAAAAUUAAAAUAUACUAAAAAUAUUAAGAACAGAAAAGCUAACUGGAGAAAAAAGAACUCAAUAAGUAAUGGCAAGAAGGAGCAAACGUUAGUACUGAAGGAAAGAAGAAAAAGAGAAAUACACAUACAGAAAAGAGUAAAGGAUUUUAAAAAUCCAGUAGUUCACGAUAACUCAUACAAUUAUUUGUCAGUUUAUGUUACAUCAGUUACUGUUCAGAGUAAAUUAUCAAAAAGACUAAGGAGAAACCUAAUUGGUUUUAGAAGAAAUACAAGAGAAACAUCUUUGAAUAAUUUCUUGCAGAAAUUUGGUGAUUUUCUUAAAUACUUUGCAAGACACAGAACAGUUGGUAAUGAAAAAGUUACAGGAAUUGAUAUUAGUCUUAAAAUAAAAAAAUCCCCAAAUAAGUCUCAUGUUUCCAUAGGAACACAAAAACCAAACAUGAAAAUUCUAAUAUUAUCAAAAAGUACUGCUCAGCCUCCAGGAAUACUGUCCUUCCCAAAACAUAUGGGAAGAGCUGAAAAGAAAAGAAAGAUGUCACACAUGAACUCUUGGAAAACUCCUCAUUCUGUUUCUUUUAAAAAAAUAAAGCAUAAUUCUGAGCAUAAAUUCAGACUCAAUACAUUUAAAGCAAAUGAACAGAAUAGUGUUUUAAAAACCAAAGGGAAUAAAGAAACAGUAAAGCAGAUAAAGAAAAUAGAAAAGGGAAUGGCAGAAAGACCUAGAGGCACAAAAUUAUAACUUUUAUUCGAAGGUUUAAAAGAUAAACAGAUGAAAAAAAUCAGUUUCUAAAAUUCACCAGAAAAUAGUAAAUGUAGGAUUGAUUACUAGAAAAUCCCCAAUUCCCUGCAAAUUUGGAAGUACCAUAAUGAUGUCAACUCAUUUUAAGAGACAAAGACAAGUAAUUGGCAGAGAAAAGAAGCAAACACUGCUAGCCUAGUUACUCAUUUGAAGCUGUCAGAAACAGUAAAACACAUACCAAACAAUCCUAACAGCAGAUCAAAACAAAUGCAACUUGGCCACAUGCAUGAACUGCUAAGAGAACUAAAAGAUACUCAUUAGGAUUUUACUACAGCAGAUGCUGAAGCAGGCACAGGAAAAUGUUAAACAUUUGACCAAAACUUCUGCCAAAAUCCCCUCAGAAACUCCUUAACAUGCCUCAAUUUAAAAAAUUCAGGAAUAAAAAAAAUUCCUGUGAAACACUGACUAAAAUAUAAAAGUGUUGAGGUGAAAGAAAUUCUCAUAUUGCAAAUUGGGAGGAAAAAAGCAUAGUUAAGCUUUAUAAAAAUAUCUUCAUCUCAGUUUCAGUCUCUAGGAGAGAAGGAAAAGAAACUUUGAAAAAGACGUGGAUUUGAACUUUUUCUUUUUCUAGAAAAAAUCAUUAGUUUGUUUAAUAAAAAUUCUUCAGCUAAUGUUAUUCAGCCAAAAUGAAUUCAAGUAUUUUACCACCAAAAUAAAAUAUUAGAAGUUUGUUAGUAUUUAAUGGUACUUUAUUGAAAUAUGGCUUUGUUUAGCUAGACUUUUAAAUUCAUUUUCAAAUAUAUUGAUUCUCUAUAUUCAUUCAGAUGAGUUUGUUAUAUCAAGCAUGUACAGUAACUGAAGUUACUUUGGAUAAACAGUAAGCAAGUCCAUUAAAUAACGUUGCAUAAGUGCAGACUCUAAAAGGGUUGAUUGCCCUUUGGUCUCUAUUCCAAUAUUUUCACUGGCAUAUCCUUGACUUUCCUUUUGUCUUUGUAACUUCUACACAGGUCAGUGGGCCAAAUUCUGGCACUGCAAAAUAGCCAGCCUCCAGAAAACCCACAGCCAGCAAUAGGAGCACAGGGUAUAAGUUGGCUGUACUUACUCUGGUCUCUUACAGUCACAAUCAGAAAAAAGAAAAGGAGUACUUGUGGCACCUUAGAGACUAACAAAUAAGCUUUCGUGAGCUACAGCUCACUUCAUCGGAUGCAUUUGGUGGAAAAAACAGAGGGG